AUGGAUGGGGAAACAAUCAGCACCAACACAUCUGUUGAUGACAAAACUGAGGAUUUUUGUGAAAACCCCAUACGGGACACUUUGGCAGAAGGUUUGAUGUGUCUCCUGAAACCUACAAUCGACCAGCUAGAUGAGAGGGUUCGUGCUACCAGAGUAAGUCAGCUGGAGUUAAAGCAACAGAUUGAUGAUCUUUCUGAAGAGUUGAAAAAUAUUUCAGCAGAGCAAAGCUGCCCUCUUGCUCUAGAAGCGUAUACUAAUAAACUUAAUAGCACUCGUCAUAAGAUAACUGUCAUAAGCAACAUUUUGCAGACUGCUCAGGAAAGACUACAUAAAAUCCAGCAACACAGUAAGCAGGAAGCUGAUCGGCUUAAGACAUUAAUGGAACCUACAUCCAAACCUAGUUCUGGAGAAACACUAUAA